UAACAGACCAUUCCAAUGGGUGUAAAGGCCAAGUCCAAAGUACAUGUGCGUCCCCCUCAGGUGUUCGUCAACUUCCGUGGCGAUGAGCUCAGAGAAAACUUUGUGAAUCAACUCGUAAGGGCCUUAAGAAAGGGUGAGAUCAAUGUCUUUAUAGACGUCCAUGAGUUGAAGGGGAGAACACUUAAAACUCGCUUCACAAGGAUCCAGAACUCGAGAAUCGCGCUUGCCAUAUUCUCCAAGAGGUACUGUGAGUCUGAGUGGUGUUUGGAUGAGCUUGCAAUGAUGUACAAACAAAUGAACGAAGGUAAACUCGUGGUGAUCCCAAUAUUCUACAAUGUAACCGCAAAUGAUGUUAAAAGAGCAUGCAAUCCUGGUAGAGUAGCUGAUGUCAAUGGAGAAGAAAAAGAGUUCACUACUCUUUUCAAGAAAAUGAAGGAGAAACAUGCAAAUGAUCCCCAGAAGAUCAAUAGAUGGGAGGUUGCCCUGAAGUCUGUCACCGAAAGAAUAGGCCUUUCCACAGAAGUAUACGGAAAAACUCUGGUUAAGACUAUAGUUGUGGAGGUUAGGAGACAUCUAGGCAUAUGCCCCUGAGGAAACCAAUGUCUAAUGUAGAAGUUGCUUUUACUGCUCUUUGGACAAGUUCAGUCUUUAGCUUUAUCAUAGCUCCUAUGCUUUUCCCAAAUGUGAAAUUUUUCACGACUGGUAAGUGGGUCUUAGGUUUUCCAUUUUUGGUUCUUGUUUGUCACAUUUAGAACGGUGAAAACAACACUGGCUUACAUCAGCCAACUGAGUCAUAUCACCAUUUGGGACGAUAAGGAAAACCAUAACAAACAACCCGGUCCACUUUCGUCGGGAAAUGUAAACGUCGUCGCACCGCUUGAUAUAGAGAAGAAAAGCAGAAAAAACCAUACCGUCUUCCAUCCGCCAAACCUGUCCUGUGACAGCUGUAAUUAGACUUGCAAAGAUAUGAAGCAAAUCGUAAAUUAUUUGUCAUUAUUUUUC